ACUCUCAUCGGAAUCGGGACCAAAGUUACACUGAAUGGACCUAAGAGGACUAUCGAAAUGCAGCGUUUGUACUCAAAACCAUUGACCAAUAUCACUGUGAAUGUCUCGCUUGUUGGGAUGAAUGGUUCGGGAAAAUCAGCACUCUUGGUGAAGUAUCUAACCAGACGAUUUAUAGUCGAAUACGCACCGUAUUUAAGUGACAGUUACACAAAGAACGAUAACAUUGAUGGGCAAGAUGUGACACUGAAUAUACAAGACACAUCAGAUAGCGACGACAUCGAUCUUGCGGAUAUUGUGAAGUGGUCCCAGGCCAUUAUUAUUCUAUUUUCCAUCACCAGUCGCCGGAGUUUCUACAGGGCUCAGGAGUUGAUUGAAAGUAUAAAGCAAAAUGUGGAACCUCCGAGUCGUCCAGACAACUUGAGAACUUCCCACUCUAUACACUCCAAUCCACCUGUUGGCCCGAACCCAAGCCCAAAUAUGCCCAUCCCGGCGAACUCACUCAUUCCAGGGCAGACGAGUUCCCUGAGGCGCUCGGCAAUGUGCGGGGUCAGAAUUCUGCGCGCUCCGACUGUGGUCUUAGUGGCAAGUAAAUCUGAUUUGGAUCGGUUUAGGUUGGUGGAGAAAACAGAAAUUGAGCAGCUCGCAAAACGAUACAAUGUGCCCUUGUUUGAGACUACGGCGGCCGAAACGUAUGAAGACGUACAAUCUGUAUUUCACGCCAUCGUCAGGUUAUCAUACUCCGGCCGAUUCAACAAGUCGCGUACGCAAGAAGGGCUAAGCGGCCCCGGGUCGCGCUCGCUUAGCUCCAGUACGGGAACCCUGAGCGGAGCAACUAACAGUGUACUGUCUAGCCUAGCCGUGUCGCCUGGACUGCUGCUUCAAAGAAAAACCCUGCCCACUGGCCCAACACUUUUGUUACCGGAAAACAACAGUGGCUCAGUAAACAUGGAUGCCGAACAAUCAUCCGGACCGGCGCAUCGUUUGACAAACUUAAAGUUUCGAGCAGCCAGCCCACCCGCCUUCACCAAGACUUUGCGUAGCCCCAGUCCGAUCUUGCCGCAAAACAGACCACAUCAAGCUGAAUGUGUAGCGGUAUCAUCGGCGGCACACAAUCAAUCCCCUACUACGAACCGAGCCUCGUCGGAAUUCAGCGCUGAGACUGUAGGACCAUCACUACCUAACCAUGCACGUUUCGGUGACCCAAACAAGCAAAGCAUUGCCCCCGAGGAAGGUGUAACAGCCAAGGUUGCAAAUGUUACGACCAGCAGAACGAACACUCAUGUACCUGCGCAGCCUCCACCAUCGCAAUCGAAAAGAAGUCCCAUGGCUUUUCGAUUCUUCUCGAAAAAGACGAAAUAACUUUAUCAAGUGAGACAUCGUAAGAUAUACACACAAUAAAUUUUAUGAAAAC